AUGUCACGCUACCUCCUCUUUCUCAACCUAGCCCGGCUUCUCCUCGCCGCGUGUGCGCCAGAUUCAUUCGAUUAUGUCAUUGUUGGCGGAGGCCCAGCAGGUCUUGUUGUCGCGAACCGCUUGUCGACCAAUCCAAACACCACCGUUGCGGUGAUUGAGGCUGGAAGUUCCGUAUACGACAAUGCCAAUGUAACAUAUGUUCCAAAGUCCAUCGCCGAAUUCGGACUUUUCAUCGGAACCUCUACUGACUGGGGCUACGUGACUGUGCCUCAAAGAUAUGCGGCCAACAACACACUUCCCUACUGGGCGGGAAAAGCGCUGGGCGGAAGUACCGCCAUUAAUGGCAUGACAUAUCUACGCGCAGAGAAGGAUCAGAUCGAUGCUUGGCAAGAGUUGGGAAAUCAAGAGUGGAAUUGGGAUAGUAUGUGGAAGUACUAUCUCGCACAGGAAAACUUUCAGCCACCUACCGAAGAACUCAAGCAAAAGGGGGCAGUGUACGAGGGUGAUGCGCACGGAAAUGACGGCGACCUUGCUGUAGGAUUCACUCCAUAUCUUGUCGGUCAAGGUUUUGCCGAUUUGAUGAAAGAGACGUCAGAGGCGAUUGGAUUUUCUUAUAACCAAGAACCCAAUAACGGCCUCAUGCGUGGCUUCAACACCUGGCCCAUGACGUUGAGCGAGGAUGGACCAACACGUGAGGAUGCAGCAAGGGCCUUCUACUAUCCCGUCGCAUUUCGACCGAAUUUACGCGUCUUUCUCAACUCUACGGCAAAGAAAAUUUUCUGGGACAAGAGCAGGACUGAGACGGAUGAGGUACUUGCAUCUGGUGUCGAGUUCAUCACUGCGGAUAAUGUCACGAAAAGCAUACGUGCUGCCAAGGAAGUCGUCGUGGCAGCCGGUGCCAUCAAAUCACCGGCCUUUCUCGAACACUCUGGUGUGGGCAAUCCAGCUAUUCUCGGGCCCCUCGGCAUCCAAACAGUCGUCCCGCUAUGUUCAGUUGGCUCCAAUCUGCCGGAUCAGCCGCAGAACGGCAUCAUCUAUUCUUCAUCCACUAACUGGACCGGAUAUCCCACCUUUGUGACCUACUUGACGGCUUCCGACCUGUUUGGUGAAGACUUGGAUUCCAUUACCCAAGAGGUCAGAGCCAAUCUGAGCACAUACGCAGCAGCUAUUGUUGCCGACUAUGCAUCAGAUACGAUUUCAGUCGAGACGCAGCAGCAGCUCCUCAAGCAUCAAGUCGAUUUAAUCUUUGAUCCCGACAGCAAGAUCCCACUAGCUGAGCUUCUAUGGGCCCCGAUAGGAAACAAUAUAGCUGCCCAGCUCUGGAACCUAUUGCCUCUCUCUCGAGGCUCUAUUCACAUCAAUGCUACCGACCCCACGCUCCCCCCUCGAAUCGACCCUGCAUUCUUCCAGCUGCCAUUUGACGCUUACGUCCAGGCAGCCGCCGCAGUCCGCAUUCGUGAAUACUUUGCGACUGCGCCCCUCGCCGACCACAUCACCGAUGAAGUCUCGCCUGGUUUCGAAACCGUACCCCAAGGCGCAGGAUGGAGAGACAAAAGUUGGGAUGCCUGGAUCAAGAAAACUGUUAACGGCAACUCGCAUCCUGCGAGCACCUGCGCGAUGAUGAGCCGCGACCUGGGUGGUGUGCUGGAUUCCAACGGCAAGGUAUAUGGGACGCGAAACGUAAGAGUGGUGGAUGCCAGCGCCUUUCCUACGCAGAUAUCUGGCCAUCUAAGCGCAAGCGUGUAUGCGUUUGCGGGGAAGAUUGCUGAUGCAAUGAUCAAGCAAGGCUGGGCAAACUAG